UAUGUUUCACUUAUAAAAUUGAUUAAUUAAAGGAGUAUUCACAGUGGGAGAAGUGAACUGACUGUUCCUGGUUUCCACUUUUGCCAAGAUUUUAGAACUAGCAGAGCUCAUCCCUUCAUGCCUUGUUUUCAUUUAGGAAAUGGAAGAGGAAGUCAACUUUUCCGGCCUUCCCAAUUCCCAACUGUUUUCUCAGCUUUGUAUAAAUAACUCACUGAACUGACUUAACUGAACAAUAUGAAAUAAGGAGAAUCUGCUGUUUGCACCUGGAGAGGAAGCCACUUUUGUCAAAAACAGUUUCAGCGACCCCAGUUCUGCUCUGUUGCUCAGCUACCUGCUUAGCCCAGGGCCUUGCCUUCCUUUAAAAUGCCAGAAACAAAUUUCUGUACUGUUAGGGUUUUAUUUUAAAAAUCCUAGGUUAGUUUCUAGUGAGGCUAGAGUCAGGGUUUGUUGUAAUUUAUAUAUUAAUGUAGGCUUGUAUUUAAAAUGCAUUUAAUGUAAAUAAAUAUAUUUCAGUACACACAGUUCAGGCUCUAUAUUGUUAACUGCUUUGUAUCCCCACGAUGAGCAGGAUGAUUAGGCAGACAGCUGUUUUCAAGCCCCACUGGGGUGCAGUCCUGCAUCUACCAUUUUGAAAUGUGUUUGAUGGAGCUGAUCCCUUUCCUCUCCAUGGAACCAUGAGGAUACGCUGAGCAGUUCUAGCUCCAGUAAAUAAAACCACCAGUUCGACCUGAAAAGGACUAUUUACCUUAGGAGUCACUGAGCUAGCAGAGGUGGUUAACCUCUGCCUACAACCUGGAUCAACCACAUCGUUGCCCACCAAAUUGCUUAGCCUUGGCUGCAGGCCAGCACCUGGCUCCCAGGUCACUGGAGCUCCAGCUCACCCAGCAGCUUCCAAUUUCCCCAGCACAGUGCUAGGAAGGUUUCCCCCCCCCAUCCAUUCACCCCAGACUGGGGAGUCAGGAGCAUCCGGAGAGUAUAUGUGCCUGCAAGAAAGGCUGUUUCACUUGUUCUGAUGCUGCUGGUGAUGGUCAAGGCAAGGUGGGUGGAUGGGGGAACCAUCCUGAAGAGAAUUCAGGGGUUUUUUUCUCUUUCAAAAGAGAAAAGGAAUUUGGAAAUUAGAGUGUAACGCUGCUUAAUGAGGCAAAUGUGGGCACUUGAAAGCUAGAAAAAGGCCAAAUUGAUGUUUGAGAGAUACUUAUGCAACAGUAAUUCUGCCAGUGGCAUGUCUUCGUCCAGCCCAGAAUUUGACAGUCAUGCACUACCUUCUCCACAAAACUUCUGCUUCUUUUAAUGCCUAGAGGUGAUGUAAGCAGGGACAAACCAGGCCUCAGGGACACAACACAGUCUGGAACAUCCUGGCAUCCCCGUGCUUGACUGCAAUACAAAAAAUGUUGGUUUAUCACCAUGCUUUUACAAACAGAACUAGAGAAGUACUAGGGCAUCGAGGAAUGGGUAAUGAUUCAGGUGCAAGGUGCUGUAUGAAUCCAGCUGAAGUGGUGGAGCGUUAUCAUUAACCAGGGAGCAGAGCCUACGCUGGGCUGGGGUGCCUGCUGCUCUGCUCAUCUCUGACAAAUAUUGACAUAUUUAAACACAAUCUGGAAUAGAAAAACACACCCAGAUGUUGCUGGCUAUUGGGUGACCAGAUACCUGAUAGCAGCAGGACCCACUGUUCUCUUUUCUCUAGGGACUGACAUUUACGCUGUGACACCACCAUGUCUCCAGCAAGCAAACACCAAGGGGCUUCUCGGAACAGACCGUGCUCUCCCUGGCAUGUUUAUUAACCAGCUCUCGCACCCUCUGCUCCUGCUGCUCCAGGGAUGAUGCUGCCUUGUGGAAAUCGGAGCCACUCCAGGGGAGCAGGCCAAAUCCAGGGCAGGGGGAACCAAGUUCACCGCCCACAACAAGUGGACUGUCCCUGAGAAGAGCCCUGGACAAAAGGUCAGAGUAGGGUGGCUUGGGGCAACUGCCUUGGGGGCAAUAAAGUCCUUAAGCCUCCCUGGAGUUGCCCAUCCCAUGUCCUGCCUCGUUCUGCUCAAAGGCCAGGAGAGACAUGCUGUGAUCGCUGCUCUUCCUCCACCUCCUCUGCACCCUCAAUUCCACACCAACCCUCUGCUUAAUCCACAGAUAUUUCACAUUUGUAUCUCACACAAAGAGCAGAAGGUGGUUUAUAACUAGGUCCUUUUCAGAGCUUUGCCUAGCUGAAGAUAUGAGAAUCCUCCCAGAGCUCUGGGAUCUGCAUUUGCAUUGGGAGGUUGGCAUCCAAAGAAGCACAUGGGUACGAGAGCUCUUCAUCAAACCUAUGAACCAGCUCACUCAAGCGAUUUUAUUCCAUCUUUGCUCGGAAACAGUCACGCUCUGUGUUUUACAUUUCACGUUCUCCCAAAGUAGAGCUUCACAAAUGACUUUCUCAGUUCAAUGCUUAAGCAGACAUAUCGGGAAAAUUACAUUUGUCCUCAGGUACUUUUAAUUCCUUAUUUUCAAAAAUUAAUACAUUGACUGAAGAUGUGAAACAAACCAUUUCUUCAAAGGAUAAAAAAAUGUUCUUUUAAAAAAAAAUUCAACUUCUUCAAAAUUUCCUUUUUCCAAUGAAACUAUUUACUGAAUUUGUGAAAUUUUGGUAGCAUGAAAGAAGUUACAUGGCAGUCAAAUAAUUCAUCUGGCAACAUCCAUCCAGCUCUAUCCUCACUAAAAAUAAACAGAAAAAAAUCCCACUUGCUUUAUGUCAGAAGUCUCCCAAACUGACCAGUUAGUCCUGUUAACUGUGGGUCAGAGCCUGCAUGGAGCAAGUAGGAAACCAGCUGAGUUUUCUAUUCACUGUGAGAAAUUCCACUGUGUAAAAGAGCUCAUCUGAUUUGGGUUGGGUAUUCCAACAAUGAUAAGAUAUUUAUUUGCCAUAAACAGUGGAAUAUGGAGAAAUCAUUCAGCACUAAUUUUAUCCCUAGGCAAACAUCCUCCCCAACCUUUACAUCUAUGUAUAAAUGAUUACAAUUAGGUAGCACCAUUGUGAACACACGUGCAUUUAUGCAUGGAGAAGAUAUAGAGAGGUUGUUGUGAUCAUGAACACAUAUAUACAUUUUAAACAGAUCCCCUACUAUAUAAAGGGUGGCUCAACAGUUACCAUUACUGGCCUGGAGGAAAGGAGGAAACGUUCACUUUCAAGCAACACCUGAGCAACCCAUCAGACAGAAAUGGCUCCAGGGUCGUGGUUUUCUCCUCUCUUCAUUGCUGUGAUCACACUGGGAUUGCAGUGGCCAAAGGAAGCUGCAACCUUCCCAGCCAUGCCCCUUUCCAACCUGUUUGCCAACGCUGUGCUGAGGGCUCAGCAUCUUCACCUCCUGGCUGCUGAGACAUACAAAGAGUUCGAACGCACCUAUAUUCCGGAGGAACAGAGACACGCCAACAAAAAUUCCCAGUCAGCAUUUUGUUACUCAGAAACCAUUCCUGUUUUUUUGGAGGAUGAUGCCCAGCAGAAAUCAGACAUGGAGCUUCUUCGGUUUUCACUGGUUCUUAUCCAGUCCUGGUUGACCCCAGUGCAAUACCUAAGCAAGGUGUUCACAAACAAUCUAGUUUUUGGCACCUCAGACAGAGUCUACGAAAAACUAAAGGACCUAGAAGAAGGGAUCCAAGCUCUGAUGAGGGAGCUGGAGGAUCGGAGCUCCCGCGGGCCGCCGCUCCUCAGAUCCACCUAUGACAAAUUCGACAUCCACCUGCGCAACGAGGAGGCCCUGCUGAAGAACUACGGCCUGCUGUCCUGCUUCAAGAAGGACCUGCACAAGGUGGAGACCUACCUGAAGGUGAUGAAAUGCCGGCGCUUUGGAGAAAGCAACUGCACCAUCUGAGGGAGGAGAUGGG